AUGAAGGAAGCGCCUAGACUAAAAAUGAAUUUUAAAAUAGUUCGAAAAGCAAAAGAGGCCAUUUUCAACAAAGAAGUAGAUGGUGAACAGAGUGAUGACAGUUGGCCAGAUGAUGAGUUUUCUGAUAUUGAAUCUGAUAGUGAAUCUGAAGUGGCGACUUCAAAAGAUGAACACAUUUACAAUGAUAUCUCUGCAAUAGAUUGUUCUAAUGAUGCUGAUGGUGUUAGAGAAGAUGUUUAUGAAAAUUAUGAUUCAGAAGUUACCAAAACAAACGAAAUGCGAAAGGCUCCUCCAGUUCUCCCUCCUCGGAAAACCGACAACAUUCCAAAGCCCCCAGCCAGACGCAAAAAAGAAAAAAAGCCACCAUUGCCAGAAAAAAUCCAUUCAGAUCAAGAGGAUAACCAAUUUUAUGAAGAAAUGAAUCAAAUGACACUGAAUUCAUCUUCAUCUCUUCCUUCACCUCCAAAAAGUGUGCCACCCCUACCCAAAAAAGAUCAACAGAACAAAACAAAUAGUCAUGAGAUAGAGGAUGAUGGCAAUUAUCUUCUUCCUGUUUUCCAGAGACAAUCUCCAGGCCAGGUUAAGGAAUGUCGCUCAUUCCCACCUCUUAGAGUCCCUGCUCGUAAGAUGCCAGCUAUCCCAUCAAUGACUUCCAAUGAUAAAACAUCAUCAUCACAUCGUUCACCAUUAUUUCGGCCACGAAUAGAACCGCCAAAAGAAAAACCAACAGAAAAUCCAUUGAAUGUUUUUCCAUGGUAUCAUGGUGCUAGUGAAAGAAUGGUUGUAGAAAAUAAACUUUUGCAUUAUAAGAUGGAUGGAAUGUAUGCUGUCCGAAAUAGCACUACCAAAGGUCCUAGUUACCCAUAUGCAGUAACACUUUAUCACAGUGGAAAGACCUACAACUUCCCCAUUCGCAUUCGAGAUUCAGAUAAAAGAUUAGCUUUGGGAAUAGAAAAAAAAAAUGAGCCUAACUUUGAAACAUUGGAUGCCUUGAUUAACUAUUUCAAUAAAAAUAAGAUCCAACUGAUGAACAAUCAAUUUGUCUUAUUAAGCAUUCCACUGGAUCAGUCUUCUUGA